AUUGUGAUCGUAGUAAUAUCUUAUUAAAAACUCACAAAAUAAGGAACAUUGAUCAAGUCAUGAACAUUACUUAUCCUUUUAUUAGAACGUUUUAUACAUCUUCAAGGUACCUUAAAAAAGUACCAGAACGUUUAAAAGGACGCAGCAAAAGUUCACAGGAAUGGCUAAUUCGGCAAAUGAACGACGAAUAUGUUUUUAAGGCAAAAAUAGAAAAUUACAGAGCUAGAAGUGCAUUUAAAUUAAUUGAAAUCGAUAGUAAAUUUAAUAUACUUAAACCGGGAGAUGUUGUUGUGGAGUGUGGAGCUGCUCCUGGUGCUUGGACUCAGGUAUCUGUGAAAAGAAUCAAUUCUGCUGGGACAGUGCCUGGAAAGCUCCAAGGAAAACAUAUAGCUGUUGAUCUUCAACCAAUGUAUCCAGUUGAAGGAGCACAUAUCUUGGCUCCUUUGGACUUUACCAAAUUGUCAUCACAGACCAAAGUAACAGAGAUGCUAGACGGCUGUCUUGCAGAUGUAGUGCUCAGUGAUAUGGCUCCGGCAGCAACAGGUGUACGUGAACUGGACCAAGAUCAAAUUUUGUCAUUAGGUUAUUCGGUGAUGACGUACGCGCAACAGAUCUCUAAGGAUGGAGCUAAGCUUCUGAUAAAACUGUGGGCUGGAGGAAGGAUAAAACAGUUAGAAAAUGAGCUUUUGUUACACUAUUCUCGCGUCAAAAUCGUUAAACCACCUAGUAGUAGGCAGGAUUCAGCUGAAUUAUUUCUUCUGGCCAGCAAUUUUAAAAGAAAUACAUAGAUUUUCACGUUCUCAA